GCUAAUAUUUUACGACAGGAUUCUUGUCGAGUUUUAUUACGUGGAUGUACCAUAGCGAAUAAUGUAGAAUUUCAUUAGAUUUUGUUCAGCAUAAUCUCAUUAUUCAAUUUCGUGUUUUUUAGUAUAAAACUCGGACUGGAUUAACAUAUUCUUUGAAGAUUUUGUACCUUUAAUGGACUUUUAACAAGCAUCUGAGGGCGGAAAUUCAACACGACGUAAUCGUUAUUGACUUCGGCUGUAGAGAAUCGUCAUCAAUGACUGAAUUUUCGGACAAGGUAUUUGGUUCAGACAGUGAGGGCCAAGGAGUCAUGAACAACCAGACAGUUUUCCAUAGGAUGCCAGUGGACAUAGUCAGUGUAUCCGGGUCAAAUGAAACUCCCGCGGAUAAUUAUCAGCCCUACAUACUCGUGCCUUUCCCAAAAGAUCUGGCUUUCCCUGUGUACGGGAUUUUGGUGCCAAUCAUCACCAUCUUAACAUUGGUAUCUAACUUGCUUGUCAUAUGUGUUUUCUUGAAAAAGAAGAUGCGUUCCGUGACCACGUUAUUUCUCGCCGGCUUAGCAUGCUCGGACACCCUCUCUGUGAUUCUGUGGUGUGUGGGGCAUCUCUAUUUCUACGGAAUAAAAAGCGACUACACGAUCCCAGUGCAGUAUCCUCUGUGUGUCUUUCACGAUUACGCGUUGUAUUUGGCAGUGAUGUUUCAUGCGACGUCCGUCUGGCUCACUACAACGCUUGGCGUACAACGUUGUAUCAUUGUCGUUAAACCAUUUUGGGGACCAAGACUCUGGACAAUGAAAAAGUCGGCAUUUAUGACUCUCAUGGCUUAUCUCUUGUCAGUGAUGUUUUUCCUUCCUUUAUUUUUCAUGAAUGAGUACAAAGAGGUGGAAAUCACAGAGAACAACACCACAUCUUUUGUGUGCGGUGUUAAAUUAAACCCUUUUUUCCGUAAAAGACUGUACGAAUAUUCCAUCAUAAACUAUUCAUUUCGGGGUAUAUUUGUUCAGUUUCUGCCGUGCACGCUGAUGCUAAUCACUACUUUUGUGCUGGCGUACAAAUUAAAGCACGGGAAGAUCCUCCAGCGAUGCAUCUCCACGGCGGUCGAGGGUCCAAAGCGAGACUUCCAGCACAGACAACGGACGACGCUGAUGGUGGUGAUUAUCAUGGUCAUCUUCUUGGUGGUGGAAAUCCCUAACGGCGUCGUCUUCGGAAUUAAGGUGUAUGAAGAUUUGACGAAUCACGUAAUCAUUGAUAAUGAAACAGACUAUUCUAUAGCCAUUUUACAGAACUUCGUGCUUCUGCUGAGCUACCAUUGUAACUUUUGGAUUUAUGUAGCUUUAAGCGCCAGGUUUAGAGAAACAUUAAAAGUUAUGAUUUGUCGGUUUAAGGUGAAACAUACAUUUGAAAGGAUGAUGACGGUGAGCAGUUUUUCUCCUGCCAAUUCCUUGAAGAGAAAGCGGGGUGUUAGAUAUGGUGCAAACGGAAGUGAAAUCAGGUGUGACUUUGAGUCUAAAACGUAUUUCUCAAACUUAAAUGGAAAUGGCGAAUAAAAUUACCAGAUUCAGAGAAAUCAGCAAAUGAUGAUAAUUGUUUCAGCUUCAGUUACAUUUUCUUUUCGAAUUGAAACAUUUCAAACAAAGUCAAAACGUUUUUUGGUGAAAUAACUAUGAUUUCAGUUUAUUACUUAAAACGGCUGCUUUCUUUUCUGUUCUCUACCAAGGCCUGUGCUUCUACAUCCGUUUUUUAGGUGCUAAGUUAACGAGACUCUACUUUAGGUGUUAUGUUGCAAAACGCAAAACAUAUCACCUUUGCUGAAUAGUUCAUUUUUCAUAAAUUUGAUAUGCGAGUCUGUGAGAAAUUAUAUGAUCUGGAAAUUUAUAUAGAAUGAAUAAAAGGGAUACACUUUU